GUCGCCAAGCUCUGAGCGCGGAAUACAAUUUUUGGUGUAUAAAAAAAGAAAAUAAUAAUUCUGCAAAACAAAACUCUUAACUACAAAUCUUGUGCUAGUGCCAAAAAAUCCUUCUAAACCUCCUCUAUUUAAGUGUUUUGUAAUCAAUUAUUUAUUUCAAUUGGCCAUGUCAUGCAACCGCUGCAUUUCAAGACCUCCAAAUCCUCAAAGAAAACCGCCAAGCAACCAUACACAUUUGCGCUGUGCCACAGGAUUAAUAAAAUAUUUCCAGCCACAGCACGCAUCCACUACGUUGACCAGGUGGAGCAGGAGGAGGAGGCGGAUCACCACCACCACCAGCUGCAGCACCAUCAGCCCGGCAGCAGCUCCACCGUCAGUGGGAGCACUCCCCCUCUUCGGAUUUCCCCCCACGGCUCACCCCAGCUGCAGCAGCAACAACGCCUGGGCAAACAUCUCAGUAAAUCCGCCUCGGAGUUGAAUGGUCACGACUGCCAUCACAGCGAAUCGCCGCACAUAUCACCCAAGCGGGCCAAGAGUGCCGUGGCCCAGCACUUGUCCGGGGGCGGAGACCGAAGCGGAGGCGUGGCUGGUGGAGUGGGUGUCCUGCAGAAGACCCACGGCUUCUUUAAUAAUCUGCGACAUCGCUGGAGUCGGGCCAAGAGCAAAGAUCGAUUGGGACGCAAGUCACCCAGUGAUUUCCUCGAGGAGAGCACUGACUAUGCAGCCGAUUACAGUUCGGAGAGCAGUUCCGUGACGCAGAGUCCGCGACAUCGAAGCACCACUAUUGGUGGUUCACCGCUGGCCAGGGAAUUCCGGGCCACGGCCAAGAUGGCACAGGUUAUCCAGCGCUUCGGGGGCUCCAUGGAGGGUAGGAUUGAUGAGCAUCCCGAGAAUGGUGGUCCUGGAGGAUGCACAGCCUCGCCGGAACUGACCACACAGCAACAGCUAGAGGCCUUGCAGGCCGACGAGCUGCGUCGCAAGCGCGAAGCCCAAUUACGUCAAUUCGUCUUCUUUCAGCUGCGCGUUCAUCUUAAAUCCGGCAGCGAUCUGGUGGCCAUGGACAAGAAUGGACUCAGUGAUCCUUAUGUCAAGUUCAAGGUCGGCGGCCGUCUCCUACACAAGUCGCGCACCAUCCACAGGGACCUGAAUCCGGUGUGGGACGAGGUCUUUAUCGUGCCCAUCGAGGACCCCUUCCAGCCGAUUAUUGUCAAGGUCUUCGACUACGAUUGGGGACUGCAGGACGACUUUAUGGGCUCGGCCAAGCUGGACUUAACCCAACUGGAGUUGGGCAAGGCCGAGGACAUACACCUGCAGCUGUGCGAUUCCGGCGGAAAUCCUGGGGAGCAUGGCAUGGGCGAGAUACUCAUCAAUUUGACGCUCUGGCCGCGCAGUCAGGAGGACAAGGAAAUGCAUUUUCAGCGUAACUCUAAGCUGGCCGAGUCAUCGAAGCGUUUGAAGUCGCAGAUCUGGAGCUCUGUGGUCACCAUACUUCUGGUGAAAGCCAAGGAUUUGCCGCUGGCGGAGGAUGGCAGCAAGCUAAUUGAUAUUCACUUUAAAUUUAGAUUGGGCAACGAGAAGUACAAGAGCAAGUCUUCCUGGACGGAACGCUGGCUGGAGCAGUUCGAUCUCCACCUCUUCGAUGAGGAUCAGAACCUGGAGCUGGCUCUUUGGAAUCGCAAUUCCCUCUACGGCAAGGCCAUCAUUGAUCUGAGUGUUUUCCAGCGCGAGACCACCCAUGGCAUAUGGAAGCCUCUCGAGGAUUGUCCUGGCGAAGUACACCUCAUGCUUACGAUAAGUGGAACCACUGCUUUGGAGACAAUCAGCGAUCUGAAGGCUUUUAAGGAGGAUCCACGAGAGGCACAGUUAUUACGGGAAAGAUAUCGCUUCCUGCGUUGCCUGCAAAAUCUUCGAGAUGUGGGUCAUCUGACGGUGAAGGUAUUUGGAGCUACGGGACUGGCGGCAGCGGAUAUAGGAGGAAAAUCAGAUCCUUUUUGUGUCCUGGAACUGGGCAAUGCCCGGCUGCAGACCCAAACGGAGUACAAGACCCUAACGCCCAACUGGAAUAAGAUCUUUACUUUCAAUGUCAAGGACAUCACUCAGGUGCUGGAAAUCACCGUCUUCGAUGAGGAUCGCGAUCAUCGUGUCGAGUUCCUGGGUAAACUAGUCAUACCUCUGCUCCGAAUCAAAAGCGGUGUCAAGCGUUGGUACACCCUCAAGGAUAAGAACCUGUGUGUAAGGGCCAAGGGCAACUCUCCACAAAUCCAACUGGAAUUGACGGUGGUCUGGAAUGAGGUACGAGCUGUUUGCCGGGCCCUGCAGCCCAAGGAGGAGAAGCUUAUACAACAGGAAGCCAAGUUUAAGAGGCAGUUGUUCCUGCGAAAUGUCAACCGACUCAAGGAGAUUAUCAUGGAUAUCCUGGAAGCAGCGAGAUAUGUUCAGAGCUGCUUUGAAUGGGAAUCCCCCGUGCGUUCCAGCAUAGCCUUUGUCCUAUGGAUUGUGGCUUGUGUUUAUGGUGAUCUGGAAACGGUGCCCUUGGUUCUGUUACUCAUCAUACUCAAAAACUGGCUUAUCCGCCUGAUUACAGGCACCACAGAUCCAGCUGCCCACUAUGACUAUGAAUAUGAUGAGGACGAUGACGAUGACAAGGAGAAGGAGGAGAAGAAAUCCAUCAAGGAGAGAUUGCAGGCCAUACAAGAAGUCUCCCAAACCGUACAGAAUACGAUAGGUUAUCUGGCCUCUCUAGGCGAAAGCACCAUCAACACAUUUAACUUUUCCGUCCCCGAAUUGACCUGGCUGGCCGUGGUCCUGCUGCUGGGUGCCAUACUGGUCCUGCAUUUUGUUCCUCUGCGCUGGCUGCUGCUCUUCUGGGGCCUGAUGAAGUUCUCCCGCCGUUUGCUAAGGCCCAACACCAUACCCAACAAUGAGCUGUUGGACUUCCUAUCUAGAGUGCCAGAUAACGAAGAGAUUAAUCAAUAUAGAGAACUCCCUCCCGCGGCUCCUGCUGACCAGACCCGCUCUAAUCCCAAGAAGAAGCUCAAAGGCUCAUAGUCCAUAACCAGCGCUGAUGCAGUCAUAGCCCAGCUGCAGUCCAGCGCUAACCAAGGAGCAGGAGGAUCAGGCUCAGCAGGAUCAAAUGUCUCCAAACAGCAGCAGCUUCUGCAGAGAUUCCGGGCCAAUACCAGCCAGCUGAAGCAGCGCUUUGGCCAGGCCAAGAGCCUCAGUCUGAGCCAUAGCGAAUUCAAUUAGACACCAAACAAAAAAAAAAGUUAGCUAGUAAAGUAAGGAUCCAAAAUCCAUCAAAUCAACUCAAUUAUUGCAGCACAAAAAACAAAGUUCGCUUCACUUAUUUUCCUAGAACUAUAUAUACACACAAACACACACACACGAACAGUUAAUUAUAAAUGUCAAAAACUAUUUACACCGCAAAGAAAAAUAAUGAUAAUGUAUAUACACUCGGACUCUAUGUGUACCUAAGGUAACCUCUAUCUCUCUCAAAGAAUUAUUCGAAUAUUGCUAACUACCUAAGAUUCCUUAUUGCGCGAAUCCAAAUGCGAUUACUUAUUUAUUGUGUAUUUCAAUUUGUGAUAUUUUCAAAGAAUUUUGCAACUAGGCUUACUUACUACUUAUGUGACUUAAUCCCACGGAAGCUCCAAGUCCCCGAAAACAAACAAACUCCAUUUACAAUUACAAAUUUCGAUUGCACCCUCGCCUCGUUUAAGGACGCUUCUUCAUGAUAUUAUACACCUUUACAUUAUAGUACAUAUACAUAUAUAAUAUAAUCCUAAACCUAAAUUUCAUUUGAAAGAUUCGAUAAAGAUUGUUCAAAACA